AUGGUUGCUGUUCCCAUGAUUGGUGCUGGCCCUUACGGGACAAGCCCCAAGUCCGCCCGCUCCAGCGCCACCAGUGUGCCCAAGAUCGACGCGGCGCAAAUCGAAGACAUUUUCCAGUCUGUGCACAUGGCCCAGGAGCCCGCCCAGGGAGGCUCGAGCCGCUUUGGAUGGUUCUCCCGCAAGGUCAACAAACUCCACCGUCGCAAAUCUGAGUCUACUGCGUAA